GGGGGGGCUCCGCCAUGUACCGGCAGGGCCGGGCCGCAGCCGCCGCCGCCGCCGCCGCCCGGCUCCGGGCAUGGCCCCCGCCUGAGCGCCCCGCGCAUGCGCAGCUGCCCCCGCGCCGCCGGUACCGGGCGCGCCCGCAGGACCUGGCGCCCCCCGGUGGCCACGUCCCGGCACUGCCGCCGCCGCCGCCGCCGCCGCUGUCGCUGUCCCCUCCGGAGGGGCUCGGCGGCUCCUUCACCACGGUGGACGGGCGGCGCGAGGACGACAUCGCCGUGCGGGACGGGCCCGGAGCCGCCCGGCUCCUGCUGCGGGGCCCGGCCCUGCCGCUGCUCCGCCCCGGCCCGCAGCACGCCCCCCGCCAGCCCCCGUCCAUGGAGGAGCACUUGGCCGUCAUGCACCAGAAGCUGCAGCACGAGCUCCCCAAUUUCUUCCUCAAGAUCCCCGAUUACGGCCUCUACUCCCACGACGUGGAGUUCAUCAACCACCUCCUGCACCUGCACACGCGGGGCCGGCCCAUGUACCAGGUGGCCGUGGCGCUGUGCCGGGCGCUGGCCUGGGGCUACUUCGCCAGCCUGAGGCUGGAGGUGCUGGCGCUCACCCGGCACCCCGAGGACUGGAGCAUCCGGGCCCGCUGGCGCCUCACGGGGCUGCCCCUGCACCUCCUCGUGCUGCGCUUCUACCGGCGGGACAAGGCCGCCCUCCUGCGGUCCUACGACGCCUUCUCCACCUUCUUCCUCAACUCGCAGGGGCUCAUCCGCUGCCACCGCGUGGACAAGCUGAUGCCCGCCCCGACGCCGCUGGCCCAGGACAAGAAGCUGCUGGUGGCCGCCGCGGUGGCCGCGCUCUCGGCACCGGUGCCACCACCGGUGCCCCCCCUGCACCUCGCCAUGAAGCCCUCGGCCACCCAGGAGGACCCCUGAACCCCCCCCCCCAUUGUCCCCAACACCGCCCCCCCCGUGUCCCCUUAACUUAAUGUACAGAAUAAACACCAUGGACGGAGCCGUGCCCCACGGGCCCUGCUGGGGCUGUAUUGGGGUCCCCAAUGGGCUCAUCCCAGCUC